AUGAGCGUUAUCGAAGGCGUUGAUAAAGGAAAAGGGUCACGAAUGCAACUGAACAAAUCGUUGAGCAACACUGCACAGUGGGUCAAAUUGAACGUGGGAGGCACUUGCUUUAUGACUACUAAGUCUACGUUGUGCCGAGAUCCCAAUUCAUUUCUAUGCAGACUGUGUUCAGAGGAAUCCGAUCUCAUUUCCGACAUGGAUGAAACUGGUGCAUACAUGAUUGAUCGUGAUCCGACAUAUUUCAGUCCCAUCUUAAAUUACCUUCGUCAUGGAAAAUUGGUUUUGAAUAAAAAUCUUGCAGAAGAAGGAGUUUUGGAAGAAGCCGAAUUCUAUAAUAUUACCGAAUUAAUAAACAUAGUAAAAGAAAGGAUAUUGCAAAGAGAUAAGAAACUUUGUUCUGAACAAGUGAAAAAACAUACUUACAGAGUGUUACAAUGUCAUGAAGAUGAACUUACGUGGAUGAUAUCCACGAUGUCAGAUGAAUGGAAAUUUGAACAAUUGGUAAACAUCGGAUCCAAGUAUAACUAUGGAAAUUAUGAUCAAGCAGAAUUCCUGUGUGUUGUAUCUAGAGAAGAGGGUGUUGCUGACUCUCCAAAAACUGAAUCAACUGAUAAAGCAAAGGAAUUGCAACAACGAGCUUCGCGUAUGUGA